AGAGAAGAAAUGGCUGACAGCUAGAGACUAUGAAGUUUGUCAGAAAGUUUUAGCUGCGACUUGAAACUUUGCGUUGGAGGUCAAGUGCAGCCAUGAACUGGGGAGUGUAUGAAGCUCUAUUGACAGGCGUCAAUAAAUUCUCCACUGAAUUUGGUCGUAUCUGGCUCUCUGUUGUCUUUAUCUUCCGCAUCCUUGUAUAUGCAGUGUCAGCAACUAGGGUCUGGGGAGAUGAUCAAAAAGACUUUGACUGCAACACUCGACAACCUGGAUGUACCAAUGUCUGUUAUGACCAGUACUUUCCUGUUUCCCACAUCCGGCUUUGGGCUUUGCAGCUCAUCUUGGUUACCUGUCCUUCUCUUCUUGUUGUAAUGCAUGUGGCAUACCGAGAGAAUCGAGAGAGGAAGCACAUGGAGAAGUUAGGGGAGAACUGUGGUAAUCUUUAUCAAAAUAUAGGAAAAAAGAGAGGAGGACUAUGGUGGACCUAUCUCAUUAGUCUUUUCAUCAAAGCUGCUGUGGACUCUGUUUUCAUUUAUGUCUUUCAUCGUCUUUAUGAAAAUUUCUUUCUUCCUCGAUUGGUGAAAUGUACUCUUCCUCCAUGUCCCAACAUUGUGGACUGCUUCAUAUCCAGGCCAUCUGAAAAAAAUAUCUUCACUCUCUUCAUGAUCAUUACUUCUGUUGUAUGUGUCCUUUUAAACCUUGUGGAGGCUGCAUAUCUUGUUGGGAAGAAGUGUAAAGAGACAAUACAAAGCAGAAGCAAUAUGACUGUACUGUAGCAGUGCUAUGAUAUUGUACCCAGCAAGAAAAAACACACAAAAUUGUGAAGAGCCAUUUUUUUAUGUAUAUAAUAUGACUUCAAAUGUUGAUGCUGGGACAAAAAGAGAGAGAACAAUUUUGUUUCCAUGCUGCACAGUGACAGUGUGUGUUUACUACACGUAAAAUGACAUUUCAUGGACAUAACUUAUAAAUUAUUUGCAUAAGAGCUAUAUAAGUACUUAUUACUUAAAGGAAUAUUCUAUUCUAUACAGUAUUAUAUUUUUAGGACACUUUAGAAAUUGUUCAUUAAAUCAUUCAUAACCAUUGGAAUCAAUGUUUAUAACAGUCUUGUACUCAGGGGCGUAACUCCCAGAGGCAAUGGAGACACCUGCCUCUGGGCUCCAAGCCCUGGAGGGGCACCUGCAUGUACAGCAGCACCUGUGUGGCUCACAGCAGGAUCCAUGUGUGACCUCUGCUCUUCCAAUGGAGCUCUGCAGCAAACCCGCUGCUGCUGCAGAGUUAAUCAGCUCUGUCUCAGGAGCCCUGCUAACACCUGCAAUAUGGGACAGAAUAGCUCCCAUCUGGUACCACUCAGCCUGCACUGCAGCAAGCAACGGUGCACCCGCCAUUGCUGCUGGACUGUGAGAUGGGACCCACAGGUGAACGCUGAUUCACAUGCUACAGACGGCUGAAUCUUGUGAGUCUAACCCCUCGCUGGCCAUUGCCUCACAUCGUAGCUGGAGCCCUGCCAAUUCACUGCGGGCUCUGGUCCCUGGAGACCGGCAGAGAGAGCUAUCUAUAUAAUUCUGUUAGUCGUGUGCAUUUUUUAGGGGUGUUGGGAGGAGGGCACUAGCCUUCUGCUUGCCUCCGGGCGACUGGGAUGAACUAAUGCCCCUGCUUAUGCCCCUGCUAAUGUUACAUUAGCGCAUACAGUACAAGAUGACAAAGACAGGGAACUUAUAGUUAACGACAAAGACAGGGAACUUAUAGUUAAAGACAAAUACAGGGAACUUAUAGUUAAUGCAUAUACCUGUAUGAGAGCACAUGAAUGAAGAUUGUGAUUAAUUACUAUGCAACAAUGAUUUCUGAGAUAUAACUCCCUUUUGAUAAACAUAUAUUACAUUGUAAAAUAGCUUGUUUAGUGAAUAAUCUAUAAUAAUAUCAUGGACCAACAUAGUUCAUUCACAUAGCAUUAGCUUGUUAUGUCUGUGCACAAACGACUAACAUGAUCACGAGAACCUAUAGAUUACAGUAUAAGCUUGUGCAUCUCUAGGGGUACAUGAAUAAAAGGUAGUGAGGCUAAUGCGGUGUUGAACGCAAAUGAGCAGUAAUUGUUCCCACAUUGUGUCCCCAGAUCUAUAUGCAGAUAUUCCACCAUAUGGAGAGUAUUACGCACUUUUGCAACCAAACUGCCCCUAUCCAUAUGAUUGGGUUCAUAGUCAUUAUCAUUAUCAGUGUAACCUGCACUAACCCUAUCUCUGGUGCAAUGAUCUGUCUGAAAAUAGGCUUAAUUAAUCAUGUGCCCAGGUCUACUCCUUUAACACGCACUUGCUACACUACGACUGCAGUAUGGGGGAAAUAUUGUGUAUCAAAGCUUGGAGAGAGAUACUGUAGAGUACCAACCAAUCAGCUUCUGGCAUUUUACAGGCUGUGUUUGGUAUCUCUCCCCACUUUUCUCUCCAACUCUUCUUACACUAGGGCCCUCAUUCCGAGUUGUUCGCUCGCAAGCUGCUUUUAGCAGCAUUGCACACGCUAAGCCGCCGCCUACUGGGAGUGAAUCUUAGCUUAGCAAAAUUGCGAACGAAAGAUUCUCAAAAUUGCGAAUAGAAAUUUCUUAGCAGUUUCUGAGUAGCUCGACACUUACUCUGCCACUGCGAUCAGUUCAGUCAGUUUCGUUCCUGGUUUGACGUCACAAACACACCCAGCGCUCGCCCAGAUACUCCCCCGUUUCUCCAGCCACUCCCACGUUUUUCCCAGAAACUGCAGCGUUUUUUCACACACACCCAUAAAACGGCCAGUUUCCGCCCACAAACACCCACUUCCUGUCAAUCACACUCCGAUCACCAGAACGAAGAAAAAACCUCGUAAUGCCGUGAGUAAAUUACCAAGCUUCUUAGCAAAUUUACUUGGCGCAGUCGCAGUGUGAACAUUGCGCAUGCGCAAUUAGCGGAAAAUCGCUGCGAUGCGAAGAAAAUUACCGAGCGAACAACUCGGAAUGAGGGCCUAUGUGUGAACUCCCCAUCAUUACCAGUUAUGCCCCUUCACCCACAAGCAGAGAGUUCCGUAUGACUCUAAUUCAAACUAUAGUUGAGUACUCUCAACUCUGGAGCAACCACACUCACAAUUGUAAAACUAACUCUUACAGCGACCCUAUUGUCCUUCAGCCUGAUAAUUGUGCAUUACAAACUAAUAUUCACCAAACCAUUUCCAGACUAAGGGGAAUAUUAUUAUUUACAUGGUAAAGCACAAAUUAAGAAACCCUGAUGUAAUGUAUUCAUAAUGGCUCAGGAAAUAUGAGAUGUGGAAGAGGAGAAAUACCGGACAAAACAGAUGGUAACUUAUUAUGCUGUUUUUAUACUUAUACUGUAUUAUAGUGAAUAUUUAGUUAUUUUUAUUUUUCUAUUUUUUAUACACAAUAUUUGCAAGUUGAUGUGCUGCUCCAAAUCACUGCAAUCUAUAUUUGAAUGUUGUCGAAACACUUUGCUCAUUCGUGCUGUUAUUUUUAGAAAUGGAAAAAAAAAUAAACAAUAUUUUUAAUACUGUACAUACGAAAAGUUCGCUUGUAACCCUUAGAUAUUUUAGCUCAUACACACCACUAAUGACAACAUUUUCAUAGUGGUCAUUGUGGAGUGUUAAAAAAACGUGAUAUGUAUACUUCCUUGUAAAACAGGUAGUUUUACAAGGAAGUAUAAAUAUCAGGAAGUAUUUCA